CCUGCCGCGCUCUUGCCCUCAAGCAAAAUGGCGGCGACGGCCUCCCCGCCCUCCCUGCCAAGGUGGUUGACAGGAGUUGCGUUGGCCUAAGCCAAAUGAAAACCAAGCGUUGGGCACCGGCUGGGAAGCACCACCUGCCCAGUCCUGUUCCUGUAGCCCCAGGCGAGGCCUCUCCUUCCAGCAUCUCCUUGCCGGCACUCUGGGUGGGCCAGCAUGUCUGAAAGCACCUUUCCUCUGUCGGAUUCCUGUUGUCACGGGACACUCCGCAUUAUGACAGGGACUCUGGGCUUCUGAGCACAGAACUCCUGCAGCCUGGCCGGCUUGGGCAAAGGCUUUGGAACCACCACCUCCAACUGUACCCAUGGAUGACAAGAGUGCCUGCAGGACUUUGAGCUCCUCCAUCCACAGCGAGGAUCUUUUGAGCGACAUGGAGCUGCUGCCACCCUCGGCUCCUGCCACCCCAGGGCAAAAGGUCCCUUCCUCUCAGGCGGGCACCCCCUAUACCUCCCAGGUGACGGCGCAACUCUAUGCCUCGCUGCACCAGAGCCGGCAGGCUGAGGCUCAGGCCCGCUCCCACCUGGAGAACCAGCACAGCUUGGGCCACUCCAGGGAAGCGGAGGCCCCCGAAGUAGAUCUGGACACUCUGGCGGAGGAGCUCAGCCACCGACUCUCGACUAGCGUGGAGGCCAGCACCUACAGGAAGGGACCUGCUGUCGAGUCCCGCCACAUCUCUGAGAUGGAGAACGUGCGCUGCCAUCUGCAAGGCAUGCUCCGUGGGUCCAGGGAUGCUGCUCAUGGUGAGAAAGCUGCUUAUGACCUGCAGACAACAAUUCCCCCCUUUCUGCCUGCAGGGGAUGCUGUGGCACUGCGAACUUUUGAGCAGAAAGAUGAUGACUCCUUUGAGAGUGACACCACGACUGCCUUGCUCAACGCCAGGCCCCUGCAGGAGGUCUCUCCUCCCGGCUCCCUAGCCGGCUUUGAGCAACUAUUUCCCCGCUACACCAGCCUGCGCUUGGGCCAAGUCCGUGAGCACCCGCCGUAUGCCAACUCCCACCUGCUGAAGGACUCUUUGGACAAGGAGCAGGCCCGGCGGAAGCACUGCGAGCGGCACAUCCAAGCCUUGCAGAAUCGCAUCCUGGAGCUGCAGCAGCAGCUGGCCGUCGCCGUCUCGGCGGACAAGAAGAAAGACAGCAUGAUAGAGCAGCUGGAUAAGACCCUGGCCAAAGUGGUGGAGGGCUGGAACCGGCACGAGGCUGAGCGAACGGCGACGCUACGCAGGCUGCAGACGGAGAAGGAAGGGCUUGAGCAGGCGCUGGGGAAGCAGAAGGAGAAAAUCUCAGAGGUGGAGGAGCGCCUCGAACAAGCCUUGUCUGCCCUCAGCCAGCAGCAGCAAGCGGCCAAUCAGUUCUGCAAGGAGAAGGAGGCUCUGGAGGAGGAGAGGGCGAGGCUCUCUUGCGACUUGGAGGCGGAGCGCCGGCAGGUGCACAGCCUGGAGGCGGAGUGGAACCUGGAGCGCCGGCAACAGGAGACCCUGCGGGCCACCUUGGAGGAGCAGCAGAAGGCUUGGGCGCAGCGCGAGAGGCAGCUGGAGCAGCAGCAGCAGGUCCUGCAGGAGGAGAGCCGCUCCCAGCUGGACAAGGAGAAGGCAGUGGCCCAGCGCGAAGCUCAGAAAGCGGCCGACGCCCAGCGCGUCCUGGCCUCGGUGCAGUCAGAAGUUCAAGGGCUGGAGGCCGAGCUGGAGGCCAUGCGCCGAGAGAGAGACAACCUGAAGAUGGAGAUGAGUUUGGUCAAGGCACGUUAUGAGGCACAGAAGGUGAAGCUGGAGUCAGAGCUGAAGGUGGCCUUAGAGCAGCGGGUGACGGAGCGCAUGGCUGAAGUUCACGAGGAGAGCUUGCGCCAGAUGAGCAGCAUGAGGGAGCAGCACAGAAAGCAGCUGCUGGAGCUGAGCGGCCACCACGAGAAAGAGCUGGCCAGCCAGCUAGCCCAGUUCAAAGCCGACCUGGCGGAGAGGGAGGAGAGGCAGAGGCACUUCGCCGAGGACUAUGAGUGCAGGAUCUCCAAGCAGCAAGAUGAGAUUCGGGAACUGACGGCCAAGUCUCGGCGGCUGGAGAUGCAGCGAGCGGAGAUGAUGAGCCAGUUCCAGGCUAUGAUGAAGGCGCACUGGAACGAGGCGCUGCGCCUCUUCACCAGUGGCAGCCCAGCCUCCCCACAGCCCAAAGCCCAGCAGCAGCAGCAGCAGCAGCAGGACACCCCCUCCGACCUGGAGCUUCUGCAGCCCUCCGAAUCUCUGACCAAGACCCAGAAGGCGGAAUCUCUUGGGAGCAGCCAAGGGGCAGGAGACUGCGAGGGGUCGGCGUGGGCGCAGGCGGUCCCCCUCCAGCCUGCCGCCCAGCGCAGCUCUUCACGGGGCCUGCCAGACGCCCCCGAGAAGUCCCUGCAGGAUGCUUACCGCCAUCUGCUCCCCUUGCUCCCAGACAUGGGGCGUCUCUCCUCGGAGUUCAGCCACGUUUUCAACCACAGCCUCCUCAGCCAGCCGGGCUUCCAGCAGCUGGAACCGCAGGUGGACAGCUCUGUAGCAGGUCUGCCUUUCCACCCUGAUAACCUGGCAGAGCACCCAUUCACAGAUGACACCGAUGAGACCAUGACUGAGACAGCAGGCAAUGAGGGAGAGACCCUCCAGCAGAGCAGCUUGGAGGGUGGAGCUCAAGUGCCUCAGCCCGACUUGAAUUACUACUUGCGUUUGAUUUUGGACCGCUCAGCAUAUGAAACUGCUGGGCAGAAGCAGGAAAGGGUCUCCACGGACAGCCCACCACCUGCCGCGAACCAGACGCAGUUUGGCACGUCGCUGUCCUAUCACGAACGGUCCACAGCCCUGUGGGAUCCGGCCCAACCGUCUGCCAGCACUAUCCACAUCCAGCAGCCCAGCAAUACUGCCGUCCACAAAACAAAAGUUCCUUUGCUCAAAGCCCAUGAGGGGGGGAUCCUGUCCCCAAAGCAGGUCGCUGAAGUUUCACGCCUGCUGAGGUAUCACCAGGCCAAAGGCAGGACUGUGCCUUCUCCCGAAGACCUGUAUAAAUACUUGCGUGAGAUAGGCCAGAAUGGGACAGAUGCCAAAGGCGAUGCAAAUCUGCAAGCACGCCGGAACCCCAACCCCAAGUUGAUUGAUGCCAUGAGGAAAGAGAUGGCCUCUGCCCGCCGCGUGGGUGCUUCGGGGUUUGGGCGCGAGAGACCCCAGGCCGCCGCCAAUGCUGGGAAGAAGCGCUCCAGCACACCUGCCUUGAACCCUCGCACCAGCAGAGGAGGCGGUGGCGUGUGGCGAUGAUAUUUGGUGCAGCUGGACUAUUUAUUCCUUACCACGCUGACCUUCCCCCCCCUUUCCCUGACCUACCUGUCCUGUCUGGGCCUCUGGUGGGGUUUCUGGGAGCUGCUCUUUGAUUUAAAGCCCGCCAUCUUAAUCUCCAGCUUCACCCUCCAACCAUUUGCUCCAACCUGGAGUCUAAAAUGUUGCCUUUUAAAAAACGGAAUGUGCAUGUUAGACUUUGUGGGUUUGCUUUUUUUGGAAAAACAAAAUCUUCUCUUAAAUCCUGCAGCUUUGAGAGACUUGAGGUGGCAGGAACAACAGCUCCUCUUUUUUUCUUAUUCCCAGCAAAAGGCGACGGCCCUCGCUAGGCUCAGUGCCCUUUGCAUCCGUCCCUCUUCCUGCCCUCCUCCCCAUCUCCCUUCCUCAAGUCAACUUCAGCCAUUUCGUUCUCUGGAGAGAGGAAGCCAGUGAUCCAAGGCAACCUGGUUCACCCGUCAAAGCAGCUUGGUUGCAGUUGUGCAUGUAGGACGUUGCAGCGGGCGAGAGGCCUUCCUUGCCUUAACGGAACCUUUCUGGGCCUCUUUCCCAACCCGCUGCAUCCUGAUGUUUUAAGUGCUUUGUUCUGAGUGUGCUGUUUUAGACACACCUGACUUUGCAGUGUAAGUUGACUCUCUUUUUGCACAGUUAAUUAUUUUUGUAUUAUCAUUGUUAUUAUUUUCUAGAAUAAAGGAAUAUUGAGUUA